UACUUCGAAUUUUAUCUGAAUAAAAUACAAUUCAAUAAUAUAUCUGAAAAAAAAACUGUAUUUAAGUAUGAGUAACCCAGACGAAAAUCAAUGGCCAUUUCAAGGGAAUCCCCGUACAUCGGGGAACAUGAACCGCCAAGUGAACGAGACUCCGCGGAACUCCUUUUACCAGAGUGAGCUAAUGGACUGCGAGAUGCCUUCUACAUCCAGGGCUGCACAAAACCAGGCUACCGUUUCUAAUACUGGCGAAGUGGGCUUCGACUUUUCAUUUGACAACGCGUUCGUGAACAAUUCAGCAGAAAAUUACAGCUCUCGCCAUUGGGAACACCAAGCAAUUCACAUGUCUGGUAACGAGGAUUCUAUGCUAAUUGACUUUGUAUCGGAACAUGCAAGCUAUAUAGAUAUCUAUGCCGAAACCAGUAACCGCGAGCAGGAGCAAAGGAUGGAAUGCGAUUUUGAUUGGAGCACCAUCGGGGUUCCAGACAACCAGACAACCAUUCGCCCAAAUCAGCUGCUUCAGGGCCAAGCUGAAAAUAUGAUGCAGUGGGAAAAUAACGUGGAAGAGCGCCCGUUGCAGCCGAUCCAGGGACAAAACCCAAAUGUGAUGCAGUGGGAAAACAACGUGGAAGAACGCCCUUUGCAGAUGAAGAUGGAGGAACCCUCGUACAAUAUGAUAUCGGGGGAUCCAUCAUUGGAAACACGAUCCAAGGAACUCCCUUUUCAGAACAUGAUAGUAGAACGCCCUUUGCAGAGAUUGAUGGAGGAUCCAUCGUACAAUAUGAUAUCGGGGGAGCCAUCAUUGGAAAGGAUGGUGGAGGAACCCUCGUACGAGAUGUCGUUGGAGCCACCAUUAGAAACAAAAUCAAAAGGCAUCGCUUUCCAGAAUUUGAUUGCAAAACGCCCAAGAUCUGGAGAGCUCGCUUUUCAGAGUAUUAAAGCAGAAAUCCCUUCGCAGCGCAUGGUGCAGGAACCUUCGCGCAAUAAUAUAUCAGGGGAGACACCAUUGGAAAACAAAUCGGAAGAGCAAGUUUUCCAGAAGAUAAUGCCAGAACGCCCUUUGCAGAGGAUGGUGGAGGAACCCUCGUACAAUAUGAUAUCAGGGGAGCCACCGUUGGAAACUAGAUCGAAUGAGCUCGCUUUGCAGAAUAUAGUGGCAUAUCCAUCACCAGUAAGAGUGGGGGAAAAUCAAAAUCCAGUGCCUCCCGCAUCGCAAGAAUCCGAUUUCGCAGAUCCCUUAGAAAUUUUGCCGCUUCUGGAUUCCAUGCCCACUGAUAACGACGAAAAUCUAGCGGGGGAUUUUAGUGAAUGGUGGGAUAAUAUUGAUGAACCAGAUUCAGGAAACCAAGAAUAUCAGAGAAGUGGAAUAUUUACGGCCAAUCCAAAUGAAUCGCAAGCUCAGUCAUAUACCGAAUAUGGUUUCAAUACAUAUGCUUAUGCAGCCAAUCCAAAUUGUGUUGAUACGAUUUCGGUAAGUUAUACCAGGACUAUGAGUGCGGCAUCCAAGCCAACCAGAGGGAAAGUAAAUAAGAGAAAAAACCCCAAGCCCAAAAAGGAGCCGGCUAAGAGGAACUUGGCUGCUCCAUCUAAGCCCAGUAUUUCUCAGAUAAGGAGAGAGGCUGCCAAGAGAGAGAGGUUAGCGAAUGCGCCCCCAAAAAAGCCGAGAAAAACCAAACAGGCGGCCAAGGCAUCUUCAUAUACAAAUUCAGGCCAAAAUCCGGAUCCUGCUGACCCAUCUCAGCCCGGCACUUUUGCGGCAACCAAACCUCAAAAGCGAACUUAUACUAAAAGAGCAAAAAAGGCGAAUAUAUCUCAAAUCGAAAACAAUACCGAGGCUACCGUGGGAGCAAAUAACCCAACAGAAGCUGUGGGGCUUUCUGAAAUAUCUCCCGUAAUACCGACAAUUCCAAUGGAUCCUAAUAUUCCAACUCCACCUGUACAGUCGAUCGGCAAGACGAUCAAACCAAAGGCCCCUAGGCGAAAAAAGGCUCCGGUUGUACCACCUGAAGGAUCGGAUGGAACCGUACAACCACCACCUAAAACCAAGGCACCACGUAAGCCAAGGGCCCCUCGAAAGCCUCGACAGACUAAGGCAUCUUUGAAAAAACAACAGGAGGAAGAGGCACUCAGGCUGCUUAUGGCACCGCCAGCACCAAUGGAACCCAUUCCCAUAGGGGUGCCAAUGGAGUCCAUUCCCAUAGGGGUGCCAAUGGAACCCAUGCCACUGCCGGUACCUAUAGAAAACAGCGCCACGAACGAGCCAAUGGAACCAAAAACUGUGUCUCCGAUUAGGAUUCGAAUGUCUGCUUAUGACACAGCCACUCCAAGGGUUCUAAGUAGGGGAAAGAGCAUUGAAAAUUUGAUGGCAGUUUUCAAUAAAAAAACACCCCCAAGAUUUCCGUCAAUUUCGCCAGAUCAUUUGGAAUUCCCAGAGAUAUCACAUCCAAUGGCUGACACAGUUAUUUUAGAAAAAUCGAUUACGCCGAAUGAGGACCCAAAAGAGCGCUUCAUAUCAAGAUCCCGACCUGUAUCUCCAUGCUUGUCAAUGCGUUCAUCUCGUUCGGCCUCAAGCUCGUCAUCCGGAUCGAACGGGUCUUCCAGGUCCUCGUCAUCGUGUUCUAGUUCUAGUUCGGGAUCAUCCAGUUCGGGAUCUUCCAGUUCGGGAUCUUCCAGUUCGGGAUCUUCCAGUUCGGGAUCUUCCAGUUCGGGAUCUUCCAGUUCAGGAUCUUCUAGUUCGGAUUCUUCCAGUUCGGGAUCUUCCAGUUCGGGAUCUGCCAGUUCUGGAUCUUCCAGUUCGGGAUCUUCCAGUUCGGGAUCUUCCAGUUCGGGAUCUUCCAGUUCGGGAUCUUCCAGUUCGGGAUCUUCUAGUUCAGCGUCUUCCUGUUCAUCAUGCUCAAGAAAACUCAAGAAGAUUAAACCAGAGCCACAGAAUCCGGAUCCACCACUGGAAUCUUCCUCACAAAUAUAUAUCGGUUUGGAUCAACGAACUAAUUUUGAGUCACCGAUGACGUACAUGCAAAAUCUGCAGCCACCACUAGAAUCUUCCUCACAAAAAAAUACCGGUUGGGUUCAACCUACUAAUUUGCAGAAAUCGAAUCCACCACUGGAAUCUUCCUCACAAAUAAAUACCGGUUUGGAUCAACCAAUGAAUUUAGAGUCAUCAUCGCCACCGAGGAUGCCCGUGCAGAGUUCAGAUCCACCACUGGAAUCUUUUUUAGAAAUAAAUACCGAUUUGGGUCAACCAACUAAUUUGGAGUCACCAUCGCCGCCGAGGACUCCCUGCACGAACCCUGUUACAUUUGAAGACUUUCUGAAAGCCCUGGGAGGCGAAAACAUUCCCGUUGUAUCGCCGAUUCCCAGCCGACCAUUUGAUACUUUGGAGUAUGAAGAAGAUAGGAUUCCACCGCCACCAUUAUAUGAACCCUACACUGGUGGCAGGGAUAGGGAGAAAACUCAACUGAGAUCUGGAAUAUCGAUGACACAGACGCAUGUUAUUAUGCAAAUGCAAAUGCAAAAUUCAGCAGAACAAUAUGGGGCUCAAGUAUCUAAUUGGAAUCUCGUACACAUGCGCAACGUAUACGAAACUCAGGUGAAAUCUUUUGAAUCUGAGGCUUCGGUAUCAAACAAUGAACCAGAUGUUAACUCCUAUGAUCCAAAGCGGUUUGAAUCUAAUCAAUAUGUGUAUCAAAACUUUUCGCAGCAGACACAAGAAUAUAUCCAACAGCCCCUUAACAUGCCAAGGCCAAUCAAAACUGAGUUUAUAACCGGCAAUUCUGAAGUAUGGAAAGCAGCCAAUGAACCAGAUGUUAACUCUUAUGAUCCCAAGCGGUUUGAAUCUAACGUGAAGCCCUGCGGUCCUAAUAUUUCAAGGCCAGAUAUACCGCCACAUACUCCUUUAACACAAGUCCCUGAUCAGGAAAAAUCGAGGCCUCAAAACCUGAGUGAUGAAAUGAAAUAUGUGGAUCGAAACAUUAAGAAUAAAGCUGAAAAAUGUAUUUUAAGGCCCUCUAAAAUUCCAAGGCCAAUCAAAGGAUAUUUUUCCGGUAAAUUUCAAGUGUCGAAAUCAAGCAAUGUACCAGAUGUUAGCUACUAUAAUCCCAAUCGGCUUGAGUCUAACGUGGAUCUCUGUAGUCCUAGUGUUUCUAGGCCAUAUACUCAUUUUUCACCUAUGACUGAACCAGAAAAACCGGGGCUUCAAAAACUGAUCGAUGAAACGGAAUAUUUAGAUCGUAAUUUUCAGAAGCAGGCUCAACUACCUAAUCAAGAGCCCUUUAAAAUGACCAACCCAGUCGGAACUAAAUGCGAAUCCGUUUCGACCUAUCAACCAGAUGUUAUCCCCUAUGAUACCAAUAUAUUUGAGACUUACAUGAAUAUCUGUAGUCCUUUGACUGCUACGCCAGAUAACAGUCCUGGCAGUAAUACGAUUUCUGAAUCAGGCUUGGGUCCAAGUCCUCCUAUUGGAGAACUGAUGGACAAGCUGGUAAGGCCGACUGCUCCAAAAACUACCAAUGAAACCGAAAAUGUAGAUCCAAUUGUCCAGGAACACAUGGUGCAAGACCCGGAGGAAAAAUCUUUGAAAGUGAUGGAUAUUUUGACAAACCAGACUGGAAAACAAUCCCAGGCACAAGUGCUUAUCGAAAAGCCUUUGGAAGAACCCAAGUCCGUCGCACCUGUUGUAAAAUUGGAACACUCAAAGGAUCCUCUACCAAUAGGCUCAAAUUCAAUCAAUGAAUCUGAUGGGAAACCAAGUCAUCCUAAAAUGUCCCAACCAGAUGUAAAACUUUCGGAAUUAGAUAUGAAACCAUGUAACUCAAGCAUAUCUGAAAUAGAUUCGAAGCCCUGCAGUCCCAAAACUUCCACACCAAAACUUCCAGUAAAACGAAAGUAUACGAGAACCAAGAAAGUUGAGACAAACCCGAAGUCUCCGAAACCUAAAAAGGAAGCGAAAAAACCGAAGUCUCCAAAACCUAAAAAGGAAGCGAAAAAACCGACGGCUUCGAAACCUAAAACGGAAGAGAAAAAGCCGAGGUCUCGGAAACAAAAAAAUGAUACGCCAAAAACAGAGUCUUCAAAGGGGCCUCUGACGCCGAAGAAUUCAGAUCCACAGUUCCAGGACCAGGUAAAACAAGACGGAAAGGAAAACUUACAAGAUGUUUUAUCAAGCCCGACAGAAAAGCAAUCUGAGGCACAAUUAUCUCUUCUGAAGCCCAGUGACGGGAAAAAACAGAAGACUCCAAAACCAAAAAAUGAUUCGCAAAAGCCAGGGUCUUCAAAGGGGUCUCGUACACCGAAGAAUUCAGAUCCAAAGUCCCAGGACCAGGUCUUGCAAAACGCAAAGGAAAACUCUUUAGAACGCAUUGGCUUGGAAAAGAAAUCUGAGGCACAAAAAUCACUUCAGAAGCCCAGAGAAGAGCCCAAGUCAAUUAAACCAGAUUUAAAAUCCUGCACUGAUGUGAAUCUUUCGAAACCCAAAGUCUCUGAACCGGGAAAUAAAUUCUGUACUCCUACACCUUUGUCAAAGCGAAGGCGCACUAUGCCAGCGAUUACAAGGCCUCAAAAACCAAUCGAUUCGGAGGCAGAACCAAAUUCGAAUAACUCCAAUCGUAAAAUGGCUAUUGCUAAGCGUAGAGGAUCGGUACUAGUUGAUUCAUCAGCAAAAGCCAAGGCAUGGAAAUCAUCUCUUGAGCCAGAUAUCAAACUCUCUGCUCGUAAAAUGUCCUUUGAUCAGAGAUUAUCGGAGGCAGAUAUGAUGCCCCUUACUAAGAAAAAACCACCAGCAAGGCGUCGUUCUUCGAUAUUUAUUGAACCACUGAAACUAAAGGAUUUGAAACCAGGUACUUCUAAAGCUACUAAACCUGAUAUGAAUCCAAGUACUUCAAAAGUUACUGAAACAUAUAUUAAACCGAGUAAUUCUAAGGGUGCUAAAGCAAAUAAUACACUCCCUACAUCUAAAGUUUUUAAAGCAUAUAUUACAAGAUCUAGGGCCUCCGAAACAGAUAGUGCACCAUCUAAGGCUCCUGAAAUAGAUGGUAAAAAAUCUGAUAAUACACCCUCUACAUCAACUGCUGCUGAGCACGAUAAUACACCCAGUACGUCUGAAGCUGGUGCACAAAAUAACGCUCCAAAUCCGAAUACGCUUCUUCAAUAUAAAAUUCCAAAGCUGCGAGCUGAUGGUUCAAAUACACCACCGAUAACAACUGAGACCUCCGAAGCGGAGAAUCUGAUUCAAAGUUCUGAUUCCAUUCAGGCAAAUCCGGUUGAAAGUUCUGAUUCUACUCAACCGAAUCCGACUGGAAGUUCUGAUUCUACUCAACCGAAUCCGACUGGAAGUUCUGAUUCUACUCAACCGAAUCCGACUGGAAGUUCUGAUUCUACUCAACCAAAUCCGACUGGAAGUUCUGAUACUACUGAAGCGAAUCCGCCUAGAAGUUCUGAUUCCACACAACCGUAUCCGGGCAGAAGAUCUGAUUCCUUCAGACCGAAUCCGACUAGAAGGAACAAUUAUUAUCCACCAAUAGGAAGGGCUCGCAACACUGAUUCGCCCUAUCCGAACUACCCAAAUGACUUUCCGUCCUAUGAGAGACAUAGGAGAAUGGCUUAUGAGGAGGAAGAAGCCUAUUACAGGGAAUCAUAUUAUCUGGAGAAGCAGAGGAGACUCAAUCGCUAUGACGACAGACUCCAUCGCUAUGAUGAGAGACCCUAUCCAGAGGAUUACUCGUUAAGACGUCGUCCGCUCUCUCCAGGGGUCUAUCGUGGUAGGGAUCCUCCCGAGCCCUAUCACCCCUAUCGCAGAGGCCGUUUGCCACAUGAAAGGAACCUUCCAAUGGACGAUUAUCGACCGGCUUAUCCCUAUAUGGACGAUCCACCACCAAAAGAUGGCCAUCUUAACAGAGGUUAUCCGUAUGCGCCAGAAAAAUAUCCAGAGCCUAGCCCCAACUAUCAAGAUCACCAUCCGCUUGAGUUUGAUGUAUCUAACAGGUAUAGAUCGAACAACGCGCAUCCAAGUACAGCACCAAGUACAGCACCAAGUACAACACCAAAUCCACCGCGACCACCACAAGCCGAAAUUAAAGACGUUAGUGAUAAUAACUCUUUAUAGCCACCUCGAACAGUUUCCGUCGACCAAGUUAUUAGGAAUGCCUUUGGGGGUCGCAAAUACAGAACACUCAGAGAUCUAAGGGAACGAACCAAGUUAUCUAAGGACCGUUUGCGCACGGUCCUCAAGCGCAUUGCCAAAAUUAAGCGUCGCAAAUGGCGCAUUAGCAAAUAUUAUCUACAGGCCUAUAUAGCCGAAAUGUCGGGUCUUUCACCAAGAUUUAAAAAUAACAAGCCGGUGGGUGGAAUCAUACAUCUAUAGCUUUGCUUACGUUACCAUCAAAUUAAAUGUUUACAUUUAGCUACGCCUUAAUUAUAACUACCGCAAGGUGAUGAGCUCCUAUAAAGGAAUUAAGUUUCAGCGCAUGGAGACUUUGAUCAAGAAAACUGGUUUCCGUAAAUCCAAGCUAAAACACCUGUUGAGGAUGAUCGGAAGGAAGCGAUCCACUAAAUGGCGUCUGCUUAGCUAUAAGAAGCCCCUAAUUCACUUUCACCGAGGACACAAGAAACAUACUACAUAAUAACAUAAAAUUACUUAUUACAUUAUUAUACCAUUUCAAAAUUUUACCAAUUUAACAUUAUACAAAUUUACUGUUAUACAACUUUACGAUUAUACAAAGAUAUUAUUAUGAUUACACCUUUACA